AAAUCCCUUCUCUUUUAGCCUUUACCACUGAGAAAAAAAUUUCACUCUUUUAUCUUUCAAAAAUACAGAACUUUGAUCUUUAAAAAGAAAAGUUCAUCUUUUUUAAUUUCUGGGUUUUGGGUUUUUAGUCUCCGCCAUGGAUUCAACUUCAAGUGCAGCAGCACCAACGCCACCACCACCGCCGCCGACCUUUUACUUCGACGACAAAUGGAAGCUAUCAAAGAAAGAAACUUCUUCAUCAUCAUCAUCAUCAAAGGGUCGUUCUUUAUCAUCAUCUUCAACUUCAAAUUCGUCAUCAUUCAUGAUCAAAACCACCCCAUCAUCAUCAUCAACAUCACCACCAUCAUCAUCAAAAACAAAAAGAUGUGCUUUCACUAGGAAAUGUGCUAGGCUAUUCAAAGAACAAAGGGCUCGGUUUUACAUCAUGAGGCGUUGUGUUAUCAUGCUCAUUUGCUGGCGUGAAUACACUGAUUCUUAAGUAUUUUUAAUGGAGGAUUUAAUGGCAUCCAACCAACCAAGCAAGAAGAAGAGGAGGAUGCUAUCAAGCUCUAUAUAUAUAUACAUGUAUAUAAAGAUUUGGUUUUUUUAGGGUUUUAGAACUAAUUAGAACUUAGACCAUUAGGAUUGUUUUUUCGAAUUUUGUAAGAGGAAUUCCAUUCUCCAUUUAAGUAGCUAUGGGGUGGUUCUUAAUGUAACUCUUACUUUUUUUCUUAAUCAAAUGGCUAAUAUUAAUAUAAUCAUAGAAAAAUCCAAGUUUUAAUU